AUGUGGCACUUUACUAUGUCUGUGUUCCUGAUAGAGUUAUAUGGACACAACCUUCUUCUAACAGCAGUGUUUGGCCUAGUGGUGACUGGAUCUGUAUUAAUAUUUGGGGUCUUAAUUGGUGGCUGGAUUGACAGGAAACCAAGAAAUAAAGUGGCUCAUGCCUCGCUCUUCAUUCAGAGCUCUGUCACUGCCUGCUGCGUGGUCCUGAUGCUCGUGUUCUCCUACAGGAGGGAGGUGGAGCGAAUCUGGCCUGGCUGGCUCACAGUGGCCUGCUACACAGUGGUGAUCACCCUGGCAGCUGUGGCAAACCUGGCUGGCACAGCACUGACCAUCACUAUUCAGAGGGACUGGAUUGUGACCCUCACAGAUGACAACAGAGGUCAACUUGCAGGCAUGAAUGCAGCAGUCCGGCAGCUGGACCAGGUCACCAGUAUAUUUGCCCCCCUGUCUGUGGGCCAGGUGAUGACAUGGGUAUCUCAUGUGAUUGGUUGUGGCUUUAUUCUUGGAUGGAACAUAGUUUCGCUUCUUGUAGAGUUUCUAUUUCUGUCCAGGGUUUAUCAACUAGUUGCCCAAUUGGCUAUAAAAACCCAGCAGCACACAGGGGAGCACUUCCUACAAAGGCAGCAGGAGGCUGUGGACAUCCAAGGUAAAAUGGAGUUUUGGGAAACCACCAAUAGAUUCAUCAACAAAUCCAGAACUUUGGAAAAACCAAAGGAGCACAAUUCUAAUCUUGAAGAACAACGGAUAACAGCCAAAGUUUUCUCUGCCUGCCAAACACCCGCAGGCUGCUCGGCACAUGCCGGGAGGGAUGGGAAAUGUAUUGCAGACAGACUGUCUUCCUGGCUGGCCUAG